GUAUAGCGUAGUUCUCUGUGUGUGUUUAUGUGUAUGUUUCUGUAUGUGUAGGUGCUCCCACUGCGUAAUCGCUGUUGCCGCACUUGUUUAUGUCGCUGCUCUGAUCAAGUCGGUAUUUCACUUGGCCAGUCUUCUUUUAUUUUUUACACCAUGGCUAGCGGCUACUCGUGGGUUUACUUUGAGGAUAAAAUGGAAGUAGUAAAAGACAAGUUGAUGGAAGUCCAAGAAUUCUACAACUGGACACUUUCAUUUUCUGAUCCAAGAGUUGCUGAUUGGCCCUUAAUGGAUGGAGUCUCAAAUACCCUUGCAUUAUCAGGACUCUAUCUUUUGAUUGUCUGGUGUGGUCCUAUGUACAUGCACAAACGAAAGCCAUUUGUUUUAAAAUGGCCCCUAUUCAUCUAUAACAUUGUACUAAUUGCAUUGAACUUGCAUAUAUGUAUUGAGCUACUGAUCGGAUCCUACCGUGCUGGCUACAACUACCUUUGUCAGCCUGUUUCAUACAGCCUUGAUCCAAACGAGAUGAGAAUUGCCAAAGCAAUAUGGUGGUUUUAUGUUUCCAAGCUGAUAGAAAUGCUUGACACAGUUUUCUUCAUUUUGCGCCAAAAGAACGAACAGAUAACAUUUCUUCACGUCUACCAUCACGUCACUAUGUUCCCUAUAUGGUGGAUUGGGACCAAAUGGGUCGCUGGUGGCCAGUCAUUUUUAGGAGCAUUACUGAACUCUUCUAUUCACGUUAUGAUGUAUUCCUAUUACGGUCUAUCUGCACUUGGUCCAGCAAUGCAGAAGUACCUUUGGUGGAAGCGCUAUCUCACAAUUGUGCAGCUGGUACAGUUUGUUGUUGGUAUGAUCCACGCUUCCCAGUCUCUCCUUUUAAGCUGUAAUUUUCCUGUCUGGAUGCACUGGGCACUUAUCUUCUACGGGAUGUCUUUGUUGCUAUUGUUUCUUAACUUCUAUUAUAAAUCUUACAUUCUUAAAAAGAAAAAUAGAAAGAAGAAUGCUUCCUCUAAUUCUAAAAAAUCUUUACCGAAGGAAACCAAUAACUCGAAGAAAGCUGAUAAUAAACACAUUUCGAAAGACUCUGUUGCAUCUCGCCGCAAAACGCAUGCAAAAAAUCAUUAACAAAUUCCAUAUCUUAAGUUGUGUGUUCUCUUUCCCUCUGUUGCCAGUUGUAAAAAAUAUAUAUUUUUUAAUUUCAGUUAAAAUUUUGUUUAUUUUUGUUAUGUUUGUUUAGUUUCUAUAGUUGUUUUUGAUGAUGCAUCCUUCAUCUCCAUCUAUUGAUGAUAUUAAUUGCCUAUUUGGUGUAUUCUUCAAUGGUAUCACAACUGCUAUUAAAAAAUACUAUUAGAUAAAGUGAACUGCUGUUAAUGGUGGCCUUAAAUGACAGUUAUACGUUCUUGUCUCAAAAUCUAUCGAAACCACAGCUCCAGAUGUUCAAGAUGUUGACUGAAACAUUUGAUAUUCACCUUGUCUUCAAGAUGCAUUCCAGAUGUUCAGUGACUUUCACUGACUCCAAGCUGUCAACCCUUAUUCUACAUUGACUGUUGAAGCAUAUGUGAAUAUACGAAAUCUCUAUAUCAAAGCUUCAAGAAUCCACAAGUUUUUUUAAUGUAGAUGACAAUUGAAGAAGUAUAUUCUGAGCAUUUACAUUUUUUUUUAUGUGUGUGUCACACUUUUGAAUAUUUUCAUUGUAGUUCAAAUGUUAAUAUACUUACCUUUGCCAAACUUCUUGUUAUUCAAACAAUUCAUUGAUGUUUCCAUUUAUGCAGUCAUUUAAUUUUUUUCAAUAGCACAUGUAAAUUUACAAAGUAUAAUUCAAUUUUUCUUGAGUGCAUACAACCAAGGUGGACUCAAAUAUACCUACAGUUUUUGAAGAUGGCUUUUUUGUGUUUAUAGCAUCUUCCCCUUAUUGUAGACUGUUCUUGUUGUUUGUUAUAUAGAAGUGGGGCUGGGAUCAGUUAGAAUUUCCCACUUUAGGUGGCUAGAUAGUUUUACUGAAGCUAGGCUAGUGAAAACGACCCCGCUGCCUUCUCUGUGUGUGCAGCCGAAGGAUAUUCUGUACCACUGUUACAUGUCCAGUGAUAUAACAUGUAGUCCGUUCCGUUACUUUGGUCAUCCAUGACCGCUGGACCGGAGAUAAUUAUUCCUUUUGCAAUUAUUUCUCCUUUUGUGAUUGCAGUAUAAUUGAAAUGAUAUAUCUAUAUCAAGCUGAUGGAAUUUUCUGUUUUACUUUGGAAAUAGAUACCAUUUUCCCUCAAUUCUGCUCAUUCAUCAACUCUGCAUUAUAAAUAAAAAUUAAUUAAUGAUCUAAAUAUUUUGUAUGUCAAACAUUUAAUUAAUUCCAUUGUUUUAAGUUCAUUGAGUUCCAUCUCAUUUCCGAAGUUGUAUCUAUUUGACAAAGAAGUUCUUGACACGACAAUAAGGGUAGAUCUUUCGAACAAAACCUCUUCACAAAGCUGUACUAAACAAUUUCAACAAAUUAAUAAAAUUAGUUACAAAU